AUGCCCGAGCUACCCGAAGUUGAGACCAUGCGGCGGGGCGUCGCCGAGGCGGCGGGCGCUACGGUCACCUCGUUCGAGCGGUUGCCGUGCCCGCGGAAGCCGAUCGGCGUGGCGCCACGAGUGGACCAUCUGCGGCGGCGUGUCGUCGGGCGUGGGGUGGCGGCGGUUGAGCGGCUGGGCAAGCGCGUGGUCCUGCGGCUGGAGACGGGCGACCGGCUGGUGAUGGAGCCGCGGAUGACGGGGCUGGUGGGCGCCGGCGAAUCGCCCGACCCGCUUUACCUGCGGGUUGAGCUGGGACUUGAGGGCGUCGGUCUGGAAAGGGUUUGGUUUUGGGACCGGCGGGGGCUGGGGAAGGUUCGGCUUUAUUCGGCGGAGGAGUUUGCCGUUGAGUUGGGGCCGGAGAAACUGGGGCCUGAUGGGCUGGUGGUUUCCUCCGACGACUUGCGUCGCCGGCUCGCCGGCAGCCGUCGAGCCGUGAAGGUCGCGUUGCUCGAUCAGCGCGCGGUCGCGGGGAUCGGGAACAUCUACGCAGCGGAGAUUCUGCACGUGGCCGAGGUGCACCCCGCGACGCGAUGCGACCGGCUCACGCAAGCGAAAUGGCGACGCAUCGCCGACGCGACGCGGGUGGUGCUCGAAGAAGCGGUUCGCUACGAGGGAUCGUCGCUCGGCGACG